UUACUCGUUCGUUCACCAUUGCGGUUCGGAACUCGUCAAGGAUACCUCCAGGUACCGAUCGUUCGUUUCACGUGGCUGUAUCAUCCUUCGAACUCGAGACUAGCGAAUUUAUACCGUUCUUCCGAUCCAGCAACGACUUCGAGGCGCAACGAAACAAUCUCGACCCGGCGAUCGAGCGAAUCUUCCGCAGUCCGAGCGAAAAGAGCACCCCUGUUCGAUCCGAGCCGGAGAACCGCGUCAGAACGAAACGAGAGAACGCCGCCAAAAGGAGCAACCCUAAACUCUCGAACGAGGCUACGAAACACGAGCUGAAGCGUUCGAUGUCCACGGACGCUGAUAAAGUUUCGUCGAGGACCGGUCGUUCCUCUCGAGAGCUUCCCAGGUUCAGCGACAAGGAUUCCGCGGAUUACGAGGCAGCUGUCGAUCGGGAGAAAUCCGAAUACGUGGACGAGGCGGAGGAGGAGUCGGGAGCUGGUCCAGGGAACAAAGGAGCAGUUUACAAAGGCAGUGAGUUCAGAGUUGGCGAGGAUUCGAACAGGUUCAUCGACCAGGAGGAGAGGUCCAGCCUGUACGACGACUUCGAGGCGAAGGAUAUCGCGAAGAGAGGGAUCUCGGGGGCGGACGACUACGAGGAGGAGGUAGAUGACGAGGACGUCGCGGCGCUCGACGAACGAGAGUCCAUGGACGAGGAGGCUGAAAGGAGGAAAGCACGUGGCGACGUGCGAGUCAAGAGGGAACACGAGAAACUAAAGGAAGCUGAGAAAGCAGAGAACGCUGAGACGUCUUUGAAAGAGGAGCAACCGAGUAAAACGGACACGGAGUCCAACGAGCAAAUUGACCAGUCGAAAAGGAACGUGGAGAAACCGGAGAACGAGCUGUCCAAAGCGAACGAUCAAGAGACAGAUCAGAAGCAGUCUCUGACGGUGAAUAACGAUCAAUCGGUAGUAGAGAGUAACGAGAACGCGAAGUUGUUGAAUGGAGAGGCGACGGGGGGGAGGAAAAUGCAAGAGGAGGUAGGAAGUUCGAGUGGCGAGUCAUCGAGUCUCGAAGGAGCCUCCAAGAUCGACGAGCCGAAGAUCGUUGACGUUUCGAGCCAGGAGGCGGCGAAAGUCGAGGCUCCUCCUGACAGAGCGGAAGUCCAAGCUUCCGAGAACCCGGCGAGCAACGAGCAAGCGAACGCGGAGUACGAGAAACGCGUGGAGGAUCAGAUCCAGCGUAAGAUCGACUCGAUCAAGGAGGAGAUCAAACGGGAGAUCGCUGAGAACGAGCGAAUCAAAGCGAUCGAGGAGAACAACGCCAAGUUCGACGAGAUGCGCGAUCGAGAGGAGGACGAGGAGCAGCCCUCGGAGAAAAGUUUGUCCAAAAGGUCUCUUAGGAAGUCGAGCAAGUCCGAGAUACGGAACAGCGGCGAAAAGCGGUCGAUAAAACGGAAGAAGAGGCAGAACGAGAACAGCAAUCGCGGCAAGGUUCGAAACGCCGGGGAAUCGAACUCGAACGAUAAGAAAUCGAUCCGUGGAACGGUGAGAAAGCGAUCGAUCGGUUCGCCGACGUCUCCGAACAAACGCGAGUUCGCGCGUCAGGUGUUCCUGGUGAGGAACGAUCGCGAUGCGAGGAACAGGGAAAGAAGAUCGAGAAACUCUCUGGCGAAUCGAGAAGAUCAGAGGUCUUUCAAGUUGAAUCUACCCGCCGAUGUAGCUUUGGACUUGAAGGCUCGCGGAGACCUCGGCGACGCCAAGUCCGAGCUGGCGUCGAAAGCGAUCGAGGACGAGAGGACAAUGGCGGAGCAAGAGUCUUUGUCGGAUAGAAAGUCCGGGUCAGUGGCUUCGUUAAACAGCGAGGAGAAUGGCCCGCUGGCGACCGAAUACGGGGAUGCAUUCGGUAGUUUGCACGGUGAAUCUGGCGUAGCACUGGCCCGAUUCAAGAGGAUCAAACGGGUCCUCCCAUUUCCAGCCUCGAAGACCUAG